AUGUUUUCGAACCCCGAAACGCUAUCGAACUGCCUUACCUUGGCGACCGUCGCUAUAAUGACUACCAAUCGCGGGCGUGAUACCAUUAGCAACCAGACGUUAGAAGAGGUGGAUAGAAGGUUUAACAUUGGGCGCCUAGACGAGUUCUGGCGAAGGGGCGCAUUGUUGAAGUAUGUCAAAUGCGCGCUUCAGUCAUGUUCAGACUCCAAGUUUGGAGGAUGUCCUCAGGAGCUUUGGGCGUUUCAAUGCCAGGCGAUCACUUCAGAGAAUAUCAGGGACCUGGGCAAAAUCAUGGGUGCUGAGUAUUGCGAUAAAGCUGAUCCUGGAAUCGAUUAUGAUAUUGCCGGACCUGGCAUAAUCGUCGCAUAUCUGAUACAAUUCACGAUAGUUCUGCUCUUUGCAUCUUGCUACAAGAUCACAAAGACCUGGACCAGGAACUUCACGUUGAUUUCGCUUCUUCCAUUCCAUGGACCUGCCGGCGCCUUCGAAACGGCCUUCCAAUGGCAGGAAAUGGUUUCCAGGAGUAGCUUCGGAGUUACAGUUGCAUCGACUCUUGUCGAUCUUCAAGAAGCUCAAGCUGUGUUUCUCGGUACCAUCUCUAUAGCUGCUAUCGUCACCUUCUCAAGUUCCAGCGGAACGGGACUUGGUAACAUCAGCUCGCUACUCUCCUGGCUGACGAACAACCUCACUCUAAUUCUUCAAAAGACCCACAACCGUUGGUGGUAUACACUUGCUCUUGUGUUUAUCAACUGGGUUCUUGUUAUGCUCAUUGCUCGGCCCCAGACUGUCGAUGAGUCUUCUUUGUUGAAGCACUUUACUGAAUCUUCGUCUCUAGAACGCUGCGGAAACCACAUCGGACCAAGGACGUUCUGUCAGACGUUCAACAAGCCCGCAGCGGGAGGCUCUAGUUCCACUACGGGUGAAAAGUCGGGCUAUCUAGAUCGAGAUGCGGAGAACUUCUUCAAGUUUCACUCCAGGACACAGACACCCAUGCAUCUAGUCAUGGUAUUUCUGAUACUGGACUGGAUCCUUGCUAUGUUCAGGAUGUAUCUCUUUGAGCAGAUUGAAUGGUUAUCUCACAAGGCCCAUGCUUUGACAGAUAGCCUGCCUUUCCGUCUGAACUCGUCCGACUCACAGAGGUUCUUCGUGCUCUUCACAGAAGCUAUCUGGAUCUCGAUGGAGGUACUUACUAUCGUCAUGGGCGCAAUCGGCGUACAAGAGUUUGCGGCAUUUAUGCAUCUGCUCAGUGGCGGGGAAUCAGGCAACGAGAGCAAGGUUGCUCUAUCCAAAUGGGGCUUUGGACAGCUGGUAGCGGUUUGUGUAUGGGUUCCCGUGAUACUCAAGUUUGCUAGUCUUAUGGUUGAUGGGGCUCUGCCUGGAUGGAGAAAACGAUUGGGCCAGUUCAUCGAGAUCACUCAGCGCAAAGAAACAGAGCCAGAUAGGAAUGAUAUUAUUAUGGAAACUCUAAUUCUACCCAGAUCUACGAGGAGGGGACAGGCGGAUGAAUUAGAGGGUCAUUGGUGUAUGCGCCAAGCAUUACACUUCUUUGCCUCUAGUAGUCCAAUAUCGCUACCCUGUCCUGAGAGAACCUACGCUCGAUGGCCUCUCCGAGACGUGCCUCGCACACCGGCGACAAACGUCCUGCCCAUAGGACCUGAAGCAGAUGGAAUUCCAACGGUCUUUGAUGAUGAUUCACGAACAUUAGUUGAUCCGGUGUACUAUCGGCCUGGAGGGAAAUAUCAUUCCAUUGUCAAGCUCCAGAUUCGAUUUGAAGGCCAGGAUGCCAGCGACACGCGUCAUGCUCAAGCUACAGGAUGGCUAAUUAUGCCCCAUCUCAUCAUCACCGCCGCCCACUGCGUUUACGACCAUACACACGACUUUGGCAAAGCUGUCCAGGUCCGCGCUUUCGUGGGAUAUAAUGGCAAGAACUCUGUUGACCAGGCUGGUGUUCAAUUCCGUAGGGGUCUCAAGGUCGUCGUUCCGAAAGACUGGAUAAUCAGUGACACCAACCGCGCAAGUGAUGUCGCCUUCAUAAAAGUGGAAGAAUUCAACGAUAUAGUGCGCAUUGCCCAGCAGCCCACUGCAGGGAUCUUGAACAAGAUGCUUCUGAGCGUGGUUGGAUACCCGUGCGACAAAUCCUUGGGUGAUGAACCAGGAGCGCAAAUGUAUGAGAUGACCAGAAGAAUAGAUUGCGAUCUUUCGAAAACAGCCGUCAAUUUGCUCGAGCACACGAUAUCUUUUGCAAGUGGUCAAUCCGGAUCCCCUGUUCUCAUCAGUGGCGAAAGCAAGGCUAUCGGCGUGUCUUCGUAUGGUACCGGAACCAGGAACACGGCAACUGUGUUUCGAGGUAGUUACGGAACCUAUCUCAGCGGCAUGUCUGCUGUCAUGUUUGGUUUGGACCGUGCUCCUGCUGGCAGCGAAGAUAUCAGAUACACCAUGACCAUAGGCCGCCCGGAGGGUAGUGUGAUGGAAGAGCCCCUCAGUGAUGGUAAAACCUUUUGGGCAAUUUUCAGGAAGGUUACCAGCGUCGGCCAAAAAGUUGAUCGUUCCAUAUUACGAACUGGAUUCCCUUUCAUGGGCCAGGUGGGCGGUCCUAUCGCUGCCGUUGCAGGUACCGCACUCGGUGUGAUGAGCAAGCUGGGUGCAGACACUUCAAUCGACGUUAGGUCUGUCCAUGUCAACUACAGACAGUGCGCUGCACGUGCGAUCAUCGCAGAGGCUGCAAUGCAGACAAUCAUCAAGAUGGAUCCCCACAAGGUGAACGAUUACAGAAUAUUCGACAAGAUGGAGGAUCAAUUCCCCGAGACGAAAGAUGUUGUUCCCAGGGUUGCAAAACUCAUCACUCCUGGAAUUGUUGAGUCCGCACUUCGGAUUUCAGUCAAUGCGCAAGGUGCGGGCGAGGGAAUGUCAAGACUCUACCCAAAGCUCCCUCCCGUGAGCGGUUCUCUGAGCGAUGAUGGCAAAAGCUUUGCCGAUGCCUUCACCCGGUACACAAAUCAAGGUGAUGACAAUGAGAUGUCCGAGUUUUUUGCAAGCAUUGUCAAAACCGCUUUAGCUGCUAGACCUCCCAAAAUGGACGACAUUACUCGAACCAUCGGCGAGCCAGAACUGAGCGUCACCGACAUGUCAACUCAUAUCGAGAUUCUGUGUCACAGAGCUCUCAUCGGUGACAUUUGUCUACAAAGCCUAAUAGCUAUUCCUCUCGAUCAAAUUAUGCAAAAGGGCUUAUUUGAUCAUUUCGUUGCUACGGUUGGAAAUAUUGGAAGAACGGUCAUUGAAGUCGCUCCUGUUGUCGUUCAGAAUAUUUUGAAUAAUCUCAAGCAGGACCAGUAA